CAUCAUCGCUUCAGACUACUUCCAAAUUAAAUUGCCGGUCAACUACGGCAAACCCGAUUGGCUGCUUCGAAUGUUCACGCUUCACAGCUGAUACAUAUUUUAAAGGGAACGCGGGAACGGACUCUGCUUUAAAACAACAGGGCGAACAGUUGUCGGUACGUGGGACUUGUCAGGCACAGGGUGUAGUCCGCGUCUUUCAUUCGGGAUAGGGAAACGGAGCCAAGUGUUUGUCUGGAGUUUGGUCGGGUCUUUUUGCUGCUUUAAAUUCGCUUUUUAAACUACAAGAUCCCCCGUUUUGUUAAGCUGCUGUUGAGUUUUGUAAAGCAAUUUAAAGCCACAGUGAUGUUUGAGACCAGUCAGGAUGACCUGUUUCUCUUCCCCGCUGGAGGCCAGAAUGAGGCUUUCUUUCCUGAGGAGGGUUUAGGCAGUGGGAGCUUGUCUCUUGCUCAGGCCUUGCUUCCUCUGGUUGAGUCCCCAUCGCCCCCAAUGACACCCUGGCUGUGCUCCACCCGCUAUAAGACAGAACUGUGCAGCCGUUAUGCUGAGACGGGUACUUGCAAGUAUGCCGAACGCUGCCAGUUUGCCCACGGCCUCCAUGAUCUCCAUGUACCCUCCCGUCAUCCCAAGUACAAAACCGAGCUGUGUCGUACUUACCACACCGCCGGCAACUGCGUUUAUGGCAACCGUUGUCUCUUCGUGCACAACCUUAAAGAGCAGAGGCCUGCCCGUCCCCGUCGCAGGAAUGUGCCUUGCCGUACCUAUCGUGCAUUUGGGGUUUGCCCCUUUGGUACCAGAUGCCACUUCCUGCACAUUGAGGGUGGCUCUGCAUCAGAUGGUGGAGGGGAGGAGCGAAUCUGGCAACCUCCAUCACAAUCCCAAGAGUGGAAGCCUCGAGGUGCCCUCUGCCGCACCUUCAGCACAUUUGGUUUCUGUCUCUAUGGCACCCGUUGUCGGUUCCAACAUGGGCUUCCUAACACUAUCAAAGGUCUCAACUCAAACCACACAUCCUGGCCUCAACAGAUGACCAAUGGGGGCUCUCUUUCACCUGCCUCAGACACAUGCUCUUCACCAUCUCCACCAUCCUCAUCCCCUCCAUCUGCGCUGGCUUCGCCUGUGUAUCCUGAUGGCUCUGGUCCAGUCACGCCACCAUCGGUAGAAGUAGUGGCCAACAACGCUUUCACCUUCAGCAGCCAACAUCUGAAUGACCUGCUGCUCCCUCUGGCCCUUCGGCUCCAGCAGUUGGAGAACGCUGCCAAUGCUGGUCCUCGAGAUGCUCUGGACAAGCCACUGUUGUCAUGAAGUCUGUGGCAUGAUCCCAAAAGCUAACCGCUAAAAGCUUUAUCUGUGACUGUACUGAAUUUAUAUUUAACCUUGUUUUUAUUUAGUAGUGUACAGUGUCCCUUUGCUAUUUGUUUUUAAACCGCCUUUUGAGACUGAUUCUCAAAUGUUUGCUUUUUAUUUCUUAAUUCAAGUCUGUCAUGUACUUCUGAGGCCACUUAUUUUUGACUGACUGAAUGAAGCCCCUGAAGUGUAAAUUGAGACUUUAUUUUACUGGUGUGUGUAUGAAGGAUUUGACUAUGAAUGUUUCUAAUUUAACGAUUUUUAAACUUAAUCAACAUCAGCAUCCUUGGAUCAAUAAAACUUCCUGAAAGGA